AUGUUGAAAUACUUGGUUCAACGAAGAUUCACUUCUACAUUUUACGAGCUGUUCCCAAAGACCUUCCCCAAAAAGCUACCCAUUUGGACUAUCGAUCAAUCCAGAUUAAGGAAGGAGUAUAGGCAAUUACAAGCACAGCACCAUCCAGACAUGGCCCAACAAGGUAGUGAACAGUCAUCAACUCUUAAUCAAGCUUACCAUACUCUCAAAGAUCCCCUUAGAAGGUCACAAUAUAUGCUAAAACUCUUGCGCAAUAUCGAUUUGACGCAAGAACAGACCUCAAAUGAAGUAACUACCAGUGAUCCACAGUUACUAUUGAAAGUUCUAGACAUCCAUGAUGAAUUAUCCCAGAUGGACGACGAAGCUGGUGUGAAGCUGCUUGAAAAGCAAAACAAGGAAAGAAUUCAAGAUAUUGAAGCCCAGUUGGGACAAUGCUACAAUGACAAGGAUUACGCCGCCGCAGUGAAGUUGACCGUGGAGCUAAAGUACUGGUACAACUUGGCCAAGGCAUUCAAAGACUGGGCUCCAGGAAAACAAUUGGAAAUGAAUCACUAA